UGAUGAUGAACAUGGUCGAAUUGUCUGGUUGUUACGACGUUUUUUCGAAGCUGCAAAUGGCGGUUUUGUUAUGAACCCUUUAAUAAUAGUUGGUGAGGAUGAAUUUCAUUUUAGUCCAUUGGGAACUGGAGAAUUUAUUGCAGCAGAUAUAUCCAUAUAUCCAGACGAAGCUUAUGUUCAACCACCUCGCAUUCCAUAUCCUGGACCUCCUCCAGGAAUCAAAAAUGGUAAGCCGCACGCCCGAAUUGUAUGCGAAGUAGGAAAUAAACAAUCCACCUCAAACUGGAAUGCUAAAUGCCAAUUAUGGUUAAACCAAGUUUAUGUACGAUAUGUACUUGGGAUUAAAAUUCAUAAAAAAAGGAAUAUAAGAAAUGAUCAAGGACAAUAUCACAGAUCGAUGACAGCUAGAUUGUGGGAUCAAAAUGGAUAUCUAGAG